AUGGACUCCAAGAAGCGGAAGCUGGUCCUGACCAGGUUGGGAAUGCUGUGCCUCAUCUCCUCUGAAACCAAGAGCAAAUUCUCUGUUGCUGCUUCUGUCCAGAGGCCGUGGCGGAGGAGACGGGAUGGGACAGGCAGCGGCAGCCAGAGCUUCCCUGAGCUGGACCACUCAGGCCGGACCCGCUGGGUCCGGACAGGUGGGAACUGCAUCACAUUUACAUUGCUCAAUGAGGACCACAUGCUUGGCAAUGCCCUCCAAUACAUGGUCAUGAAGAACCCUGAUGUGGAGUUCUGUGGCUACUGCAUCACGCACCCCUCUGAAAGCGAGAUCAACUUCCAAAUCCAGAGAGGAGCAUGAAGGAGUACAGGACCCAGAGGGAGGAAGAGAUACAGUAGCAUUUAGGGAUGGCAGUCUCCAUGGACGUGUGUAAGGUCUGUGUAUUGAAUUCCCUGUGCCAAGUA